CUUCCACCGACCUCUCAGCUUGAGCUGCUAAGCGCAGAAAAGCUGUGAUCUUUCGGAGGCAACCGAACCCCCCUCCUCAUCCCACCUCAACGCCUACUCUCCAUACCACAUACCCUAAUGGCAUUCUACUCCCGGCUUUAGCUUUGCGAGCGAUCCGUUGCUUUCAUUCACGGCUUGUGAGCGCAAAACAAGAGCCAUUUCUUGGUGUUCUUCGUCGUUUUUCUUGAUUGAAGCGGAAGCAGAGGGAUAUCUGUCGAAGAUGAAAAGCCUUUGGUUUGGUGUCAUUUGCCUCCUCUCAUUCCUUCCCCUGUUCGCCGAAUCCGGAGCUGCAACUUUGAACGACGACGUCCUCGGCCUGAUCGCCUUUAAGGCCGGCAUCGAAGACCCCCGGUCCAAGCUCGCGUCUUGGAACGAGAACGACAACGAUCCCUGCAACUGGGACGGCAUCAAAUGCGACCCGAAGUCCAACCGCGUCGCCGUGGUCGCGCUGGAUGGCUUCGCCCUCUCCGGAAAGCUCGGCCGCGGCCUCCUCCGGCUUCAGUUCCUCGACACGCUGUCCCUCUCCGUGAACAACUUCUCAGGUAGCGUUACCCCUGCCUUCCUCCGCCUCGAGAGCCUUCGGACGCUGGAUCUCAGUGCGAACAACCUGUCCGGCACGAUCCCGGAUGGGUUCUUCGGGCAAUGUAGGUCCAUUCGAGACAUCUCCUUGGCGAAAAAUUCCAUCUCGGGGAAGAUUCCAUCGGAUGUUGGCGCUUGCUCGACCCUUGCGUCCCUGAACCUCUCGUCGAACCAGCUUUCUGGUUCCUUGCCUGGCGAAAUCUGGUCUUUGAAUGCCUUGAGGUCGCUCGACCUGUCUCAUAAUUCUCUUGUUGGCGAGAUACCGGUCGGAAUCAGCAGAAUGUUCAACCUGAGAAUGAUCAGCUUGAGAGGCAACCGGCUUACUGGCCAGUUGCCGAAUGAUACCGGCAAAUGCUUGCUGUUGAAGUCUCUUGACGUCGGAGAGAAUCAGCUCUCCGGUGACCUCCCAGAAUCGAUGAGGAACCUUUCAACAUGUACCUAUCUUAGCUUGAGCUCAAACUCUUUGUCCGGUGAGGUUCCGGCAUGGAUUGGGGAUAUGAACAGCCUAGAGACGCUAGAUCUGUCGAGGAACAGGUUUUCCGGUGGGGUUCCAAGUUCAUUAAGCAAUCUGCAGUUCUUGAAACUGUUGAAGCUUUCUGAUAACAGUUUCUCCGGCAGCGUGCCAGAUUCACUGGCUGCCUGCAGGAGCUUGUUGGACGUGGAUCUCGGUCGGAACACAUUGACUGGGAAUCUCCCAUCAUGGGCUUUCGAAACAGGUUUCAGGCAGAUCUUGCUGCCGGGGAAUAAACUAAGUGGACCGAUCGAUGUUCCUCGCGUUACUGAUUCAACUCUCCAAGUACUGGAUUUAUCUGGCAAUGCCUUUUCUGGCAAAUUUCCGAAGGAAGUUUCAAGCCUUAGAAGCAUAGAAUUCUUGAAUCUUUCAUCCAACUCACUAUCCGAUUCCAUCCCUAUUGACGUGGGCGAGUUGAAGUCUUUGGAAGUUCUAGAUGUGAGUCGGAAUUUGCUGAGUGGGAGGAUACCAUCAGAGGUUGCCCUUGCAACAUCCCUCAGAGAGCUGAGGCUAGAGGGGAAUUCUCUCACCAGAGAGAUACCGGUUCAGAUAGGGAGUUGCUCUUCACUUGCAUAUCUGGAUCUGUCGCAAAACAAUCUCACCGGUUCAAUUCCUGAAACAUUAGCUAAUCUUACCAACCUUCGAGUUGUUGAUUUCUCCCGCAACCGGCUAUCAGGAACCCUUCCUAAGCAGCUCUCUGACCUUCCUCACCUCCUUUCCUUCAACAUCUCCCACAACCAACUCUCUGGAGGCCUCCCUGCAGGAAGUUUCUUCAACAACAUUCCUCCUUCUUCACUAACAGACAACCCUGGUCUUUGUGGAUCCACUGUCAACCGCUCUUGCCCCGGCGUCCUCCCCAAGCCCAUUGUACUUGACCCCAACUCCUCACCUGAUCCAUCAUCAAACCCCGUGUUAUCACCUCGCAACCUCAGCCACAAGAAGAUUAUUUUCAGCAUUUCUGCCCUCAUUGCUAUUGUAGCUGCUGCUGUAAUUGCGCUGGGUGUCAUCACCAUCACUGUUCUGAACUUCCGUGCCCAUGCAUCUGCCUCCAACUCUGCUGUGGAAUUGGCCCUGUCAGAUGAAUACCUUAGCCAUUCUCCGGUCACUGAUGCCAACUCUGGCAAGCUUGUGAUGUUCGCUGGUGGUGACCCUGAAUUCAGUGCCGGUGCCCAUGCUGUGCUGAAUAAGGAUUGUGAACUGGGUCGUGGAGGUUUUGGUGCAGUCUACAAGACAGUCCUCAGAGAUGGCCGAUCUGUAGCGAUCAAGAAGCUUACAGUUUCGAGCUUAGUAAAGUCACAAGAGGAUUUCGAGGAAGAGGUGAAAAGGCUGGGAAAAGUGCAACAUCCAAAUCUUGUGGCCCUCGAAGGCUAUUACUGGACUCCUUCCCUCCAACUUCUUAUCUACGAGUUUGUGCCUGGUGGCAGUCUGUACAAUCACCUCCAUGAGUGCUCUGCCUCUAACACCCUCUCAUGGCAAGAGCGGUUUGAUAUAAUUCUUGGUAUCGCUAGAAGUUUAGCACAUCUCCAUCAGCAUAAAAUAAUACACUACAACCUUAAAUCAAGCAAUGUCCUUCUUGAUGGAUCUGGUGAGCCCAAGGUGGGGGACUGUGGACUGGCAAAGCUGCUACCGAUGCUGGAUAGAUACGUGCUAAGUAGCAAGAUACAGAGUGCUUUGGGAUAUAUGGCGCCAGAAUUUGCAUGUCAGACAGUGAAGAUCACAGAUAAAUGCGACGUGUAUGGAUUUGGAGUGCUAGUGCUCGAGAUCAUGACGGGAAAGAGGCCAGUGGAAUACAUGGAAGACGAUGUGGUGCUGCUGUCCGAUAUGGUGAGGGAGACACUAGAUGAAGGGAAAGUGGAGGAAUGCAUGGACGAGAGACUGUGCGGGAAGUUUCCUCUUGAAGAGACCAUUCCGGUGAUGAAAUUGGGUUUGAUAUGUACUUCACAGGUACCAUCUAACAGGCCAGAAAUGGCUGAGGUUGUGAACAUAUUAGAAUUGAUCAGAUUCCCUCAGGAUAGCCCAGAGGAAGAUGACUUUUGUUGAGGGUUUCUGCUGAAAUCUCUUGUUUUUCUCCCCUUGGAAGUCUAUGAUAUAAUCAUUUAGCUAGACAAAGACGUUGCAUCAUGACAUACUGUGGAAGUGGAAUCUGAUUUGCUUGAAAUGAGAAGGA